CUGCACAGGGCAGAAGGGAGGUCUUGCCRGUAGGAAUACUGAGACAAAGUCUGACUUGCUGUUUUUUUUCUCCUUAAUCAUGGUUUCGCCUCAGGUUUGGAGAUGGAUACUAUUUGCCUGCUUUCACUGGCUUUGUGUCUGUCAAGAAACUCCAAGACCUGUUUACAUGGUAGCCAUUCCUGCAGUGAUCCAGGCAGGCUCAGAGGCCAAGCUUUGUGCCAGUCUUCUGCAGCCCAAUGAGACCCUGGUCAUGACCAUAUCUCUGAUUGUUGAUGAGCAGAGCAGAAUUCUUCUCCAAGAGAGUUCUGACCAAGAGUUUCACCGCUGCUUCCAGUUUCAGGCCCCUCAUGUGGAGAGUGCCAAAGUGCAAAACUUUAAGGUGGAGGUUCGAGGUGAAACGUUUCUAUCGACAGAGGAGAGAAAGGUCAUGAUCAAACCGUACAGCCCGAUGACAUUCGUCCAAACGGAUAAACCAAUCUACAACCCAGGACAAACAGUGCAGUUUAGAGUGAUMKCCUUGGAUACCAAUUUUAGCCCUGUCAAUCAGCUGUACAAUGUUGUGGAACUUGAGGAUAUUCAUCAGAACAGGAUUGGACAGUGGGUCAAUACAUCAUCUAGUGGCAACAUUCUGCAGCUUUCUCACCCGCUGAACUCUGAAGCACCUGUAGGAUCCUAUGCUAUUGUAGUGUGGAUUGGUGAUAACAAAAUACACCAUCACUUCAAGGUWAAAAAAUAUGUUUUGCCAAAGUUUGAGAUCAAAAUGAACCUCACCGAUGAGAUCAGCAUUGUUCAAGAGGAGUAUAAAGUAGAAGUGUGUGCAACAUACACGUAUGGACAGCCUGUACCUGGAAAAGCAGAGGUAGAGUUGUGCCGACUUUUAAGGAACGAUGUAUUGAUAUCAAUGAGAUUUGAUGUGAAAACUCAACAAGGAGUUCCUGAUUAUACAGCCCCCUGCCACAAAGAGUCAAUAGAGAUGGACCAAACUGGCUGUGCUUCUCAUGUCUUCAACAUGUCCAUUUUCACAAAGAAUGCCGRACAGAAAAUGCUCAUAGACAGGCUGAGUUUUAAUGCAAAAGUAGAGGAGGAGGGGACAGGUAUUACACGGUCAGAGAAAAAACACAUAGCGCUCUCCUAUGUGAUUGGAAAACUCACGUUUGUCGACACACCCAAAAUCUAUGAGCAUGGAUCAAUUAUCGAGGGCAAGAUAAACGUUGUUCACUUCAACAACACACCUAUCUCUGACAUGUUAGUCUACCUGUUGGAGAAGAAAGGCUGGUCCUCACAUCGUCUCCAGAACCUAACCACGGACAGUCAUGGUAUUGCCAGUUUCUCCCUCAACACAACCACUAUGCCCAAAGAGGAUAUUAACCUCAUAGUAAGUAUGAUUCCUUCUAAGGUUUUGAAAGACUCAGACUCUUUAUGCUCAAUCYCAAAUCACCCCAUUGACCCUACUYCCUGAGGUCUAUCAUGCUCU